GUGAUCAAUGGCAUUUCCUUUCACGUCGAAGCCGGCGAAAGAGUAGCGCUCGUCGGUUCCAGCGGCUCGGGAAAAAGUACCCUGACAGCACUCCUUCUACGAUUUUAUGAUCCUGACAGUGGCUCGAUCCUUCUGGAUGGUGACAACAUCAAGACAAUGUGCCCGGAUGAACUUCGUGGUAUGUGCUCCCUCGUCUCUCAAGAACCCAUACUCUUCGACGGGACUAUUAGUGACAAUAUUCGAUAUGGGAGACUAGACGCCACUCAGCAAGAGAUUAAUGCAGCUGCUAGAAAAGUUGGAGCGUGGCAAUUCAUCAGCGCACUUCCCGAGGGCAUGCAAACUAGAGUUGGCGACAGGGGUCUGCAGCUGUCUGGAGGCCAAAAACAACGAGUCGCUAUUGCUCGAGCCGUGAUAAGGAAACCUACAGUAAUGCUGUUCGAUGAAGCAACCUCUGCUUUGGAUAGUAUCCAUGAAGAGGAGGUCCAAAAUGCAAUCGAUCUUGCAUCCGAAGGUCUAACCACAAUAACAAUCGCACACAGAAUGACUGCGGUAAGAAACUGUGAUCGAGUUAUCGUACUGGAAGAAGGUCGUAUUGUUGAAGAGGGACCACCUGAUGAGCUGAUGGGAAAAGAAGGAGGACGAUUUCAAAAACUCUACAACGACCAGAGAGUGGAUAUCUCUGCGCAUGCUCCAACAAAGUCAAAUUUGGUUCCACAUGCUUCUGUGGCUCUGGGGCAAUACUACCGCCCACAAAUCACCGGCCGCAGAGCCACACUCACUCGUAGCACAUCUAUAGAGCCCAAGAAGAUCGGAAAAUCAUACUCCGUUCUUAGUCAUGACCGCGAAAAGCUUGCGCUUCCUGUGAUGAGUAAGAAACGAUCACAACGACUGGACUACAAGUAUUCCACAGUGGGUCGAAUGGAUCUUGAUAUUGAUGUGACACCAGCUGAGGAGGAGCCUCAUCUUGACCUACCUGGAAAAUCUAAGAGCUAUCAUGCAGUUUGGGAGCUUAUUUCGGGCUAUAAGGAUGGAUAUGCUCUACUUGGCGGUGCUAUUCCCACUACCAUUAUUAGAGCAUUUUUCUAUUUACUCAUUUGCUUCGAAGUUGCUUCGGUGCUAGAGGUGUCGAUAGUGCCACAAGAAGAACGAGCAGAAAGGAUCUUUAUCGUUGCAGCAGUUUAUAUAGCGCUAAUUAUUAUUAAAACAAUUUUUGAAGCUCUUGGGAGACUUUUUAUUGCCUUAUUUGGUCACGGAUUUUGCUCCUACAUGAGGUUGACCAUGUUUAGAAAGGUAAUGCGCCAUGGUUGCGCAUAUUUUGAUGAGGAGCGAAACAGCCCUGGCAGGAUUCUCACCAAAAUUAUAAACGACUCAUCAAGCUUGAAUAAAAUUAUGGAGCAGAAACUUGAUCUUCUGAUUCCGGCUAUAAUUUGCCCAGCAUUCUCCUUCAUCGCUGCGAUGUAUAUCAACUGGAAGAUGGCUCUUCUGUGCUCAUUUCAGUUCCCUGCCUAUUUCAUCAUACGAAUUGUGCAGAUUAAAGAGGGAACAAAGAGGCAGAGGGAAAUGGUCAAUGAGGAAAAUAAUGCGGCAAAUCUAGCUACUAUUGUACUUUCAAACAUGAGUACAAUCAAGGCAUACAAUUUACAAGAACAUUUCUAUUCCAUUUUUACCAAAACUUUAGAGCCGCUGGCCCGGGCAAUGAAGCGUCAGUCAAUGAUAUCAUCCUUCGUAUUUGCUUGCCAGUUCUCGUUCACAUACAUUCUCAUAGCAAUAACCCUAUAUUUUGGAAAGGUUAUGAUGUUGAGCAACCAGAUUUCUGUUUUUGACUAUAUGAGGGUAGUCCUCCUGACACAAUUUGGUGCGAACUUCUUCUCGCAGCUGGUGGCGUCCGUGUCAGAUCUGUCCAAAGCACGAAUUGCUGCUGAAAACGUGGUGAACGUGCUCAAAGAAACGCCAAAUGAAAUCGACAACCUUACUGAGGAGGGACAGCGACCUAAAUUAGAGGGUAAUAUCCAGCUGCAUAAUGUGUCAUUUCGUUAUCCAACAAGACCUGUGGUUCCAAUUCUCAACAAGCUCAAUCUCAAAAUAAAAACAGGUCAAAAUGUUGCCCUGGUGGGCCCAUCAGGUUCAGGAAAGAGCUCAAUUAUUGCACUCAUACAGAGGAUGUAUAACGCUACGGAUGGUGAAGUGUUGCUGGACAAAUACAACGUGCAGUCAAUCAAUCCAGCCUAUUUGCGAAGGGUAGUGGUUAGUGUUGGUCAAGAGCCUACGCUAUUCUCAUUUACAAUAAAGGAAAAUAUCAUCUAUGGUAUGAUGGAAAAUGAAGUUUCCAUGGAACAAGUCAUUGAAGCAGCAAAAAUAGCUAACAUCCAUGAUUUCAUCUCGAGGCUUCCACAGGGUUACGAUACCGAAAUCGGUGAGUUCGGUGCUCAGCUCUCUGGUGGCCAGAAGCAGCGUAUAGCCAUUGCCAGAGCAAUUGUUCGUAAACCUGUCAUACUUCUUCUGGACGAAGCUACAGCAGCACUGGAUAGCGCAAGCGAAAAGGCUGUACAAAUGGCUUUUGAAAAGGCUCAAAAGUCCUGCACCUGUAUCCAAAUUGCUCACCGCUUAUCGACAAUACGGAAUGUCGAUAAGAUUUUUGUCGUCGUCGAUGGCGCCAUAGCUGAAGAGGGCACACACGAACAACUGCUCAAUAAACAUGGAACUUCCCUUAUUUAUCAAUUAGAUCGAUUUUUUGUCGCUGUACUGCACCCGGCCGUUCAUCUCUCGACCAAGAUGCUGAAAAAUGUGAUCGAACAACUUGUGAACUCACCCAACAACGAACAUAAACCUCUAACAAAUUUCAUCAAUAAUGAGUUUGUGGAAACGGAUGAUCUGAUCGCUUCGGUGAACCCGGCAACAGGGCGGACAUGGAUUCAGAUUCCAAAUUCGGGUGAAAAGGAAGUCAACGAAGCCGUGGCAGCUGCCAAUCAAGCAUUCCCAUCGUGGUCUACAACAAGCGUUCAGCACCGCUCGAAUCUUCUACUGAAACUUGCUGACAUCAUAGAAGAGAAUGCAGAAGGGUUUGCAACUUUAGAGUCUAGGGAUCAAGGAAAGCCAGUAACAUUAGCCAGGGCGAUUGACAUUCCACGCUGUAUUCACAACUUCAGAUUUUUUGCGACAGCUAUCCUGCAUCAUAUUUCUCCAUCUACGGUAAUUGACGAGCCAGUUCGAGCUGUGAAUUAUGUCAGAAAUGAUCCCAUAGGAGUAGCCGGACUCAUUAGUCCAUGGAAUCUUCCACUGUACCUACUGUCGUUCAAGUUAGCACCAGCCCUCGCAACAGGAAAUACGGUUGUGUGUAAGCCCAGUGAGUUAACGAGUGUCACCGCAUGGGUGUUGAUGCAUGCAUUCAAAGAAGCAGGAUUCCCGCCCGGAGUAGUGAAUAUGAUCAUCGGUACUGGUCCAUCUGCUGGGCAACAUUUGGUUGAGCAUCCCGAUGUGCCGUUGGUGAGCUUCACGGGAAGCACACUUGUUGGCAAAAAAAUAGCGGAAGUGGGUGCUCGACUCAAUAAAAAAGUCUCACUGGAAAUGGGUGGAAAGAAUGCUGCGAUCGUCUACCCAUCUUGCGACCUUGAAAAAAAUCUAUCCACAAUUGCCAAGUCCUGCUUUAUCAAUCAGGGUGAAAUAUGCCUUUGUUCAAGCCGGAUAUUUGUGCACUCAUCGGUAUAUGACACUUUUGUGAAGGGGUUGGUUAACGAAGCAAAGAAGUACACGAUUGGUGACCCCACAACAAAUGUAACUCUUGGAGCAAUCAAUUCGAAAGCACAUUUUGACAAGGUAAAAUCUUAUAUAGCCUAUGCGGAAGAGGAUGGAGGCACAGUUCACUGCGGAGGAACUAUAGAUUUCGACGGUGAAUUGAAAAAUGGAUACUUCAUUGCUCCUACUGUAGUAAGUGGAUUAGAGGAUACAAGUCGUUGUAUGCAAGAAGAAAUUUUUGGCCCUGUCGUCUGUGUGACAAAAUUUGGCUCUUUGGAGGAAGUUACGAACCGUGCAAACGACACCUGCUACGGUCUUUCGGCGACUGUCUGGAGUGAGAACAGCGAAGAAUUACUGAACACUGCCCAUGCACUGAGAGUUGGGACCGUUUGGUGCAACACCUGGCUGACUCGAGACCUUAACAUGCCUUUUGGUGGAACUAAACAGUCAGGAAUGGGAAGAGAAGGAGCGCUCGACUCUCUGCACUUCUUCACUGAACAAAAAACCAUUUGCAUAAAAAUGUAAAUCUUAUAAAAUCUCUCCGACAUUUGAAGAAGGCGCAUGUUUUAUUUUCAAGAAAAAACUAGUGAACAAUGCAUGUAUGAUUUGAACGUUGCCACAGGUUUUAGUUAUUAAUAUUAGGUUGGCUAAUAAAUAA